AUGAGGGUAAUUGGGCGCUCAGGGUCUGGGCGCGGAACUAUCUCCAGGGGUUCGGCGUGGGGUGGGUGGACCACGCUCACGAACCUCUCCCCCCGCCCCCCUCUGGGCAGCGCCCGCUCCGGGCUGGGACUGCUGCUGGGCACCGCCGCGGGCCUCGGAUUCCUGUACGCCCUGUACAGACAGCGGUGGAAACGGACCCGGCGCCAUGGCCAGAACCAGCUCCUGCCCAACUCCCUGGACGUCACGCAGACUUCAGGGCCCAGACGCCAGGUGAGGUCAUUGCGAGCGGUCCCAGGGGAGGCUGGAGAUGCUGCGGUGCUGCCCAGCCUUCCACCAGAAGGGCAGGAGAUGGUGCUGGACCGCCUGGACUUCGUGCUGACCAGUCUGGUGGCGCUGCGGCGGGAGGUAGAGGAGCUGAGGAGCAGCCUGCAGGGGCUUGCUGGGCAGAUUGUCGGGGAAUUCCGAUCCCACAUGGAAGAGAACCAGAGAGUGGCUCGGCGGCGAAGGUUCCCGUUUGCCCGAGAGAGGAGUGACUCCACUGGCUCCAGCUCUGUCUACUUCACAGCCACCUCGGGAGGCACGUUCACAGAUGCGGAGAGCGAAGGCGGGAGAGGCUGGCUUCCUUGUCAGCUUUACAGCUGGGAGGUGACUGUCCGAGUAAUUGGCGGCCCAGCAAGUCUGACCACAGGCCUGGCCUAUGGAAGCCGGCAGGACUUUCUCUGGCGCCUGGCCCGGGCCUACAGCGACAUGUGUGAGCUCGCGGAGGAGGUGAGCGAGAAGAAGUCAUAUGCUCAAAAUGGAAAAGAAGAAGCGGAGGCCGCUCUGGAGAAGGGGGAUGAGAGUGCUGACUGCCACCAAUGGUAUGCAGUGCUUUGUGGUCAGCUGGCUGAGCAUGAGGGCAUCCAGAAGCGCAUCCAGAGUGGCUUUAGCUUCAAGGAGCACGUGGACAAAGCUCUUGCUCUCCAGCCAGAAAACCCCAUGGCUCACUUUCUCCUCGGCAGGUGGUGCUACCAGGUUGCUCACCUGAGCUGGCUAGAAAAAAAAACGGCUGCAGCCUUAUUUGAAAGCCCUCCCAGUGCUACUGUGGAAGAUGCCCUGCAGAGCUUCCUGAAGGCUGAAGAACUACAGCCAGGAUUUUCCAAAGCAGGACGGGUAUAUAUUUCCAAGUGCUACAGAGAACUAGGAAAAAACUCUGAAGCUAGACAGUGGGUGAAGCUGGCCAUGGAGCUGCCAGAUGUCACUAGUGAGGAUUCAGCUUUCCAGAAGGACCUGGAAGAAUUGGAAGUCAUCUUAGGACACUAACCACAUUUCAGUGGCCUUCAUGACUUGAGAAAUACCACUACUUAAGGGGGAUGAGAAUCAAGUCUUUUUUUCCCCCCUUAGACCUUGCUUAGAUCAGGAAACUGAGCAAGCCUGGUUAAGGGAGUAUCCUGAAUCCUGGUCUAACCAGUACCUGCUACCUACCAUUCUACUGGUUAAUUCCUUAAUUAAUCUGAAAUUGGGGAUGCACCUGAGGCCUGGGUUUCUGUUGUAUUCUCCCUUAAGUUAAUUCUUGAAAAAAUCAAGACCUAUCCUAGGGCUGAGUGUGGGCAGAGAACUGAAGGCAGCCUUCUAACUGCUGGUAAGAUGAAGGAACUUCAAAGAGUCAUAGAAACCAAACAGAGAACUUGUACUCUCUAAUCUGUCCACUGAUUAUUCAAUCCCAAAUUAUAAAUCACAUCCCACAGGGAAGGGUCAGGGCUGUCCAUGGGAUUGCCCUCUUCUCACCCAUCAUGUGGAUUCUAACUGCAUUCUUGGGCUGAGGGGCUGGACACUUGACUUCUAGUCUUUGCUGCUUUUGGAACAGCAGUGCAUAGGCUUAUGAGACUAUGCAACGAUGAUCUGAGGAGUUGCCUGGAGUAUAUUUUGGUACCAACUUAAAAAUAAACUAAAUUUGAUUAGAA